AUGGCCGAGAGACCGGAGCUUGAUUCAUUCAAGCAGAAGCUGAUUGAGCAUAGAGAAUGGGAUGCAAAGCUCAAGAACUUGCGUCUCAAUAUCCGCGGACUCGAUAAAAAGUACAACAAAACAGAAGAUGACAUGAAGGCGCUGCAGUCUGUUGGGCAAAUCAUUGGCGAGAUUCUCAAGCAGUUGGAUGAAGAGCGCUUCAUUGUCAAGGCAUCCUCUGGACCGCGCUACAUCGUCGGUUGCCGCACAAACCUCAAGCGAUCUAAAUUGAAGCAAGGCGUGCGUGUCUCGCUCGAUAUGACAACCCUGACUAUUAUGCGCAUCCUGCCACGCGAAGUGGAUCCACUCGUCUACAACAUGUCACUCGAGGAUCCUGGUAAAAUCAACUUUGCGGGUAUCGGUGGCCUGAAUGAGCAAAUCAGAGAGGUGCGUGAAGUUAUUGAGCUACCACUCAAGAAUCCAGAGCUCUUUUUGCGUGUGGGUAUCAAACCGCCAAAGGGCGUGCUGCUGUAUGGACCGCCUGGUACGGGCAAGACGUUGCUUGCUCGAGCCGUUGCUUCUUCCCUCGAUACCAACUUCCUCAAAGUUGUGUCGUCUGCCAUUGUGGACAAGUACAUUGGCGAGUCUGCACGACUUAUUCGAGAGAUGUUUGCCUAUGCCAAAGAGCAUGAGCCUUGUGUCAUUUUCAUGGAUGAGAUUGAUGCGAUCGGGGGACGACGAUUUAGUGAGGGGACCUCAGCAGACCGGGAAAUUCAACGGACGCUUAUGGAGUUGCUCAAUUGUUUGGAUGGAUUUGACUAUCUUGGUCAGACAAAGGUGAUUAUGGCCACCAAUAGACCGGAUACGUUGGACCCUGCACUGCUACGACCUGGUCGACUCGAUCGCAAGAUUGAGAUUCCUUUGCCCAAUGAAGUGGGUCGAUUGGAAAUUCUCAAGAUUCACAUGACGGGCGUGAAGCAGCAAGGGGAGUUUGACUUGGAGGCGAUUGUCAAGUUGUCUGAUGGCUUCAAUGGUGCUGAUUUGCGCAAUGUGGUAACGGAGGGUGCGUUCUUUGCGAUCCGAGCAGACCGUGAUUAUGUCUUGCAGGAGGAUCUGCAAAAGGCGGUGCGCAAGGUGUCUGAUGCGAAGAAGCUCGAGUCGAAGCUGGACUAUGGCAAGGUGUAG